UUCCCGGCAGCUCCUGCGUAGAGGAGUGUGGGAGCUCCGCAGUGGCUGUGGCUCUCGGUCUAGAGUGCCUUUUGGGCGUCGCCCUCUGCUCUUUUUGCACUGGUAGCGGGAGACUUUCUAACAUCACUAGUCUCGGAGCGGUAGGUGGGACCUGGCCCGCCGAGGAGUCGGCCCCUCCGAGGCUGGGCUGCGGAGAGGAACCUUCAGUUCAGAUCUGUCUCGAAGUCAGUCUGGCCACUUGAGGAAGGCACUCCCACCCCCUGAGAUGGCGUCCACGCUUCCAACAACCGGGGCCCAGGGGCCAAUGCUGUUUGAGGAUCUGGCUGUGUAUUUUUCUCAAGAGGAGUAUGUGAGUCUGCACCCUGCCCAGAGGUCCCUCAGCAGAGACACUACACAGGAGUGUUUCGAGGAUAUGGCCUUGAUGGGAGGGGAAGGCAAGACUGAGAUUUCUCAACAGUUAAAUCUAGAGUCUGCGGGAUUUGAAGAACUUGCCCCAGAAAACUCCUCCAUCACUGUGCCCCUUAUCUAUUACCCAGAAAAAUCUGAGACUGGAGUUGGAGACCCAGAAAGGAAAGUAUCAGGUGGAGCUCCUGCUUGCAAGAAAAGGUUCAUAAGCCUAUUAGUUACCAUUGAAAACCAAACCCCAUUACAAGAACUGUCUCAGUGUUUAGGAACCGGAGCACUUUCUGAAAUUCUUGAAUUUCCUGGGGAAGAAGCCAAAAAUUUGUACAAGUGUCCUGAAUGUGACGAAAGCUUCAGUGAUAACUCAUACCUUGUUUUGCAUCAGAAAACUCAUUCAGGGGAGAAAAAGUAUAAAUGUGGUGACUGUGGGAAGAUUUUCAAUCAUAGAGCCAACCUGAGGACACACAGGAGGAUCCAUACUGGCGAGAAGCCUUACAAGUGUGCUGAGUGCGGCAGCAGCUUCCGCCAGCACUCACAUCUGUCUCGGCACAUGAAUAUCCACAUAAAGGAGAAACCCCACACAUGUGGCAUAUGUGGGAGAGGUUUUAUGUGGCUCCCAGGAUUGUCACAGCAUCAGAAAACCCACGCUGCCAAAAGAGCCUAUGAAUGUACUGACUGCGGUAAAUAUUUUGGGCAGAAAACAAAUCUUGCUUUGCAUGAGAAAACGCACACGUCAGCCACCCAGUACCAGUGCACGCAGUGUGUGAAGUGCUUCGGGCAGUCCUCACACCUCGUCCUCCCCGAGCAGGGCCAUGCAGAUGACUCUGAACACUGCAGUGACUGUGGGGAAAAUAUGCUUUUGUUCUCAAAAUUUAAACCUUUAAAAUGUCCUGAGUGUGCGAAGACCUUCCUUCGUGUCUCUGAGCUUAUUUCCCAUCAGAGCAUUCAUAGAGGGGAAAAGCCCCAUAAAUGCAAAACAUGUGCAAAAAGUUUUAUUUUGGACUCAGAGCUUGCAUGCCACCAGAAGAACCACACAGGAGAGGAACCUUUUAAAUGUACCAUGUGUGGGAAAAGUUUCAGGUUGAAUAUGCAUCUCAUUGUUCAUCAGCAAACCCAUACGAAAACCACCAUGUAAAUAUAGCAAGUUUUCAUUAACGCUGUGCUUCUCAGUAUCUAUACUGCAAACUGGGGACCAGUUACCCUUUAUGUACCAGGCACUUUACAUGCAUCCCAUGUCACAUGUCACUUAGUCUCCAUCACAACCUUGCUUUAGGCACUAUGAUUUCUGUUUUAUAACUGAAGAAGGAUAAUGUCACAGCUAGUGAAUGAAGCCAGGAUUCUAACUCAGUAACUCAGUCACUGUUCACAUUCCAUUUGUAUGAGCCAGAGAAUGAUAUGGAACUUUUUUUUAAAUUCAGUUUUCCUUAAAAUGAAAGUCUGGCUAGAAGUUCUUUUAAUUUUGUUACAUGGUUUCUAAGUAAGUUUUAGAAGAAGGAGAAUUUCCUUUUUCUUUCUUUUUUUUUUUCUUUUUGGCCAGUUCUGCAGAUCUAGUAUCUAGGAAAGUAAUCUGUCUCUGUCUUAUACUUUUUUGGGUUAUAACUAAAUGUAACAUUUGUAAGAGAUGAUAUUUCACAUGUGAAUUUCUGAUGUGGUUUAGGAGCUUUUACGCCUGUGUGAAAAGUUCCCAAAUAGAUGGGCAAGUUGGUGUCGUAAUGGCUAUUAGUAUCCUUGGAGUUCCAUUCUCAUAUUUCUGAUGCCACUGCCUUUGUGACUCAUUUGCAAGGAAUUUUGGCAAUCUGACUGUAGCCUUUCCUGGCACCCAACUUGAUCUAGGGAAAGAUACUUGCUCCUCUCUGGAAGGAGUUACCUCUAAGUCUCUACCAAAGUACAUUACCUGCCUUUCUAUGAAUAACAGUAACUCUUGUUUAGUGAACAUGCUAGAUGUUUUAGGGGUAUUAUCUAAUUUAAUCUUUAGGAUAAAUUUGACAGAGAAAGGGCUAUCCUCGUUUCAUAAACGAGGAAACUGAAGCCCUCGUAAAGUCAGUAUCUUGCUUAAGACAAAAAUAGGAAUGUGCUGAAGCUGGCAUUAACCUUGGGUGUCUCUGAUGCUGAAGGUUGUGCAUUCUUCAACCCUGUUAUGUGUUGGCAUUUGUGUUAGGACCACAAGCAGCCAGGAAGGCUGAGACGGGUGGGUGAGGAUAAUCAUCAUGGAGGCUACCCUGUGCACACGCAUCCUAGAACCCUUUCAUUGCCUUUGUGCUUUAUCCCAAGUCUGAUUUAAUGUGUAUGGUAAUAAAGCAACAGAAAGAUUCCCCAGGACUU